UCCGCCUGAGAGACGUGGCCCGACGCCAUCUUGUGCGGGACCUCGGAAGUGGCGGGGACGCGGCGCCCAGCAGCUCCACGGAGGCCGCUGCCGCCGCCGCCAUGGUGCUCCUGGCCGCCGCCGUCUGCACGAAAGCGGGGAAGGCGAUCGUGUCGCGCCAGUUCGUGGAGAUGACGCGGACGCGCAUCGAGGGGCUGCUGGCGGCCUUCCCCAAGCUGAUGAACACGGGGAAACAGCACACGUUCGUGGAGACGGAGAGCGUGCGCUACGUGUAUCAGCCCAUGGAGAAGCUGUACAUGGUGCUCAUCACCACCAAGAACAGCAACAUCCUCGAGGACCUCGAGACGCUCCGGCUCUUCUCUAGGGUGAUUCCCGAGUAUUGCAGAGCCCUGGAGGAGAAUGAGAUCUCUGAACACUGCUUUGAUCUCAUCUUCGCUUUUGAUGAGAUCGUUGCCCUUGGUUACCGGGAAAAUGUCAAUCUGGCCCAGAUUCGGACCUUUACGGAGAUGGAUUCUCAUGAGGAGAAGGUCUUCAGGGCUGUCCGUGAAACCCAAGAACGAGAAGCUAAGGCUGAGAUGCGCCGGAAAGCCAAGGAGCUACAACAAGCACGCAGGGAUGCUGAGCGGCGGGGCACCAAAGCACCGGGUUUUGGGGGCUUCGGCAAUUCAGCUGUAUCAGGAGGAACUCUUGCGGCUAUGAUCACUGAAACCGUUAUUGAGUCAGAGAAGCCAAAAAUGACUCCAGCUCCAACGAGAUCCUCUGGUUCAAACAAGGCACUUAAGCUUGGCACAAAAGGGAAGGAAGUGGAUAAUUUUGUGGAUAAACUAAAAUCUGAAGGCGAAAAUAUUGUUGCUUCUUCGGCUGGCAAGCGUUCUUCAGAUGCAGCAGCUGUUCUUGUUCCGCCUGUUAACAUGGAGAGUGUGCAUAUGAAGAUAGAGGAGAAAAUUUCACUGACCUGUGGCCGGGAUGGGGGGCUGCAAAACAUGGAGCUACACGGCAUGAUCAUGCUGCGGAUCCUGGAUGAGAAGUUUGCUCGGAUUUGCAUCCAUGUUGAGAAUGAGGACAAAAAGGGUGUGCAGCUCCAGACGCACCCCAAUGUUGACAAGAAGCUUUUUAUGUCGGAGUCCCUAAUCGGCCUGAAAAACCCAGAGAAGUCAUUUCCCAUCAACAGUGACGUGGGGGUACUGAAGUGGCGACUGCAGACCACAGAGGAGUCCCUCAUUCCACUGACAAUCAAUUGCUGGCCCUCAGAAAACGGCAACAGCUGUGACGUCAACAUUGAGUACGAGCUGCAGGAGGACAGCCUGGAGCUGAAUGACGUAGUAAUUGCCAUCCCUUUGCCGUCUGGGGUGGGGGCUCCCAUAAUUGGCGAGAUUGAUGGCGAAUACCGCCACGACAGCCGGAAAAACCUCCUCGAAUGGUGCUUGCCAGUGGUGGAUGCCAAAAACAAGAGUGGCAGCCUGGAGUUCAGCAUCGCUGGGCGACCAAACGACUUCUUUCCUGUGCACGUUUCCUUUGUCUCCAAGAAGAACUUCUGCAACAUCCAGGUCACCAAAGUGACCCAGGUGGAUGGGAACAGUCCUGUGAGAUUCUCCACGGAGACCACCUUCCUCGUGGACAAGUAUGAGAUCCUGUAACUCCAUUGAAGGGAAGCCGCAAGCAAGGCCGAGGCUGUGCGAUUUGGAGAAAGAGCUGCGGCCUUCAGCGUCAGGGAACACUGAUGUUUGUUUGCCCACUGACCUUAUUUCCCGGGCCCUGGCUGCUCAGGCAGGGAGAGACUGCCUGCUUCUCUGGCAUAGCUGCCCCGCCUAGACAGCACUUCUCCCCCACCCACCCCCACUGCCCCUUUUGCUCAUGGAGGGUGUCCCAGGAUGCCAUGCUGGUUCCAGCUAGCUCCACCUCUGCAGCCGCAAGGGGAUCAGUGGCACGGGAGGGAAACAGGGCUGGCAGGCCCUCCCUUUUCCGGUGCUGGGCAGAACUUGCCAAGGGUGGGAGAAGCUUUCAUGCUUGUGCAGCUCUCGCCUGAAAGCUCCUCCCUUCUCUUAUCAUUUUCUUGAACUCGGUGCCCAUCCAGAAGAAUAAAGAGCAGCUCUUUCUAGCUUUUUCUCUGGCUUUGAGAUCCUGGAAAUUUCAGCUCAGAGGAGGGCCAGCACUGGGCACCUUGAACGCAUCGGGUUGUGCGUGCCUGCUAAAGAAGACACUGGCCUCUCCCACACCUCCUCUUUGCUAAUGUGACUCCUUCCAAAGUGCCCUGGGUGGGGGCUAUGAAUCAUACCAAUUGGAGAUUUGUUUGUCUGAUUUUUAAAAUGGGGUUCAAUUUAAUUCUACUGUCAAAUGCAAUUUAUUCUCAAAUUACAUUGAGGGUGACACUGAAAUAAGGUUUUGGAACCCAGUAAAAUUACAGCCUGUACAACACAUUCCAGUGUAUGUGAAGAAUUGUUGCUCCUGAAUCCAAUAAAGAGUAUCCUAAAAGGAAA